CUACAAAAACCCUAAACCCUAAAAAAUUCAACUAACAUUUAUUUAAUUUAUUAAAAUCUUUUUUAUAACUAAAUCAUAAUGGCGACGGCUGCGUUGCUCAGAUCUCUUCGCCGACGUGACAUCGCUUCUGCUUCUAUCUCCGCCUUCAAAUCUUUUAAUGGAGGUAAAUCUUUGACUGGUUCUCAUCUGGGCCACAAAUUUGGUGUUUUAGCCAGACCAUUCAGUACAAGGCCUAUCGGAAAUGAAGUCAUUGGUAUUGAUUUGGGUACCACAAAUUCAUGUGUUUCAGUCAUGGAGGGCAAGUCUGCGAAAGUUAUUGAAAAUGCUGAAGGUGCACGUACAACCCCAUCAGUUGUGGCCUUCAACCAAAAAGGAGAGUUGAUUGUGGGAACUCCUGCCAAACGUCAAGCAGUAACUAAUGCUACAAAUACUGUAUCUGGUACCAAACGUCUAAUUGGUAGACGAUUUGACGAUCCCCAGACUCAGAAAGAAAUGGGAAUGGUACCAUACAAGAUUGUCAAAGCUCCAAAUGGAGAUGCUUGGGUUGAGGCAAAUGGACAGAAAUAUUCUCCAAGCCAGAUUGGUGCAUUUGUUCUUACCAAGAUGAAGGAGACUGCUGAAGCUUAUCUCGGGAAGACAAUUAACAAGGCUGUCAUUACUGUGCCCGCUUACUUCAAUGAUGCACAAAGGCAAGCAACUAAGGAUGCUGGACGCAUUGCUGGUCUAGAUGUUCAAAGAAUUAUUAAUGAGCCAACAGCUGCUGCACUUUCUUAUGGGUUAAAUAACAAAGAGGGUCUCAUUGCGGUUUUCGAUCUUGGUGGUGGAACUUUUGAUGUUUCCAUCUUGGAGAUAUCAAAUGGUGUUUUCGAGGUGAAAGCAACCAAUGGUGAUACAUUCCUUGGAGGAGAGGACUUUGAUAAUUCCAUGUUGGAUUACUUGGUUGCCGAGUUCAAGAAGACAGAAGGAAUUGACUUGACAAAAGACAAGCUUGCUCUUCAGAGACUUAGGGAAGCUGCAGAGAAAGCUAAAAUUGAGUUGUCAUCAACUACCCAAACGGAUAUUAACUUGCCAUUUAUCACAGCUGAUGCAUCUGGUGCUAAGCAUAUGAAUAUCACUCUUACAAGGUCAAAGUUUGAGGCUCUAGUAAACAACCUCAUUGAGAGGACUAAAAACCCAUGCAAGAAUUGUGUGAAGGAUGCAGGUGUCACAACCAAAGAGAUUGAUGAAGUUCUCCUUGUCGGUGGGAUGACCCGUGUUCCUAGAGUUCAGGAAGUUGUUACAGAAAUCUUUGGUAAGUCCCCAAGCAAAGGAGUGAAUCCUGAUGAAGCAGUUGCAAUGGGAGCUGCUAUUCAGGGUGGUAUUCUUCGUGGUGAUGUUAAAGAACUACUUUUACUUGAUGUGACUCCUCUAUCACUUGGUAUUGAGACACUUGGUGGUAUCUUUACCAAGUUGAUUGGCCGGAACACCACAAUCCCAACCAAGAAAAGUCAGACAUUCUCAACGGCAGCUGACAACCAAACACAAGUGGGCAUCAAGGUUCUGCAAGGUGAGCGUGAAAUGGCUUCAGACAACAAAAUGUUGGGAGAAUUUGAUCUUAUGGGUAUUCCUCCUGCUCCAAGAGGCAUGCCUCAAAUUGAGGUAACAUUCGACAUCGAUGCAAAUGGUAUCGUUACAGUCUCUGCCAAAGACAAGGCCACUGGCAAAGAGCAGCAAAUCACUAUCAGGUCAUCAGGAGGUUUAUCGGAUGAUGAGAUUGAGAAGAUGGUUAGAGAUGCUGAGCUUCACUCCCAGAAGGAUGCUGAAAGGAAGACACUCAUUGAUGCCAAAAACACCGCUGAUACCACCAUUUACAGUGUGGAGAAGAAUUUGAACGAGUAUAGAGACAAGCUUCCUAGUGAAGUUGUGUCUUCAAUCGAGGCUGCUGUAGCUGAUUUAAGGAAAGCUUCUGGUAGUGAGGAUGUUGCAGAGAUUCAGGCCAAGAUUGAUGCUGCAAACAAGGCACAAUCGAAGAUUGGAGAGCACAUGCAUGGGGGUUCAAAGGGCGGUUCUGACUCGGGGUCAGGAGGAUCGGAAGGUGGUGAACAAGCACCUGAGGCAGAAUACGAGGAGGUAAAGAAGUAGAAUUGCUGACUAGAUUCUUCACUUUCAUUUGAUAUAUUCCAUGAUUGCAAACAUUAUUAACAGUUUUUGUAUCUAAAGCUAUCAUCGGAAAGAUGGGAUUUGUAGUAGAAAUAAUCACCAAAUUGUUUUGUUAUAUGGCAUUGCUAUUUGUCCUUUGGGGAACAAGAUACAGUUUUGAAGUGAAAUCUCAAUGAGAUGUUACUGGUU